AUGAUGAAUGGUUUGUGUGAUUCUCUAUGGUACCGAGCAAUUACAAGUGCUUAUUAUCGUGGAGCUGUUGGCGCUUUAUUAGUCUAUGAUGUUACCCGCCACGUAACAUUUGAAAAUGUGGAGAGAUGGCUAAAACAGCUGAGAGAUCACACUGAUGACAACAUUGUCGUGAUGCUUGUAGGCAACAAAGCAGACCUGCGUCAUUUAAGAGCAGUUUCGACAAAAGAUUCUACAGCUUUUGCUGAACAGGAGCAUACAUUUUUUAUGGAGACAUCUGCCUUUGAGUCCUUGAACGUUGAAAGUGCCUUCACAGAAGUGUUGACACAGAUAUACCGCGUUGUAAGCAAAAAGGCCCUUGAGAUUUGUGAUGAUCCGGCUGCUUUACCUAAAGGACAGACGAUUAAUGUUGGUUCUCGCGAUGAUGUAUCAGCUGUGAAGAAAGGUGGAUGUUGUUCUGCUUGAGUAUG